ACAAAUGGAUAUAUUAUAAAUCUCAUUAUAGUGUCAGAUACAUGCAAGUGGUUACAAAGAAAAUAUGAUAAAGGAUAGCCAGCUUUGAACUUGGUGGAUGGGAGACAGAGGAAAAACAUUGCUGAGAUGGUGUUGCAGAGCCAUAUCACAAUCAUGUAACUUCAGGAUUUUGUUUUAUAUCCUCAGCAUUUUAAGAAUGAGUUUGAGUUUCCUACUGUCCCCUUGGUCUUAGCUAUAUAAACUUCCCUGAAUGCAAGAAAAUGUAUCAUAAACUGAACUUUACUCAACUGCUUGCUUUGUAAUUCAAAAGCUAGGCCUUUGUCUUCCCAAAGAUUCCAAUCAAGAAAGGAAGAUGGAUGCCUCUGCUCUGAACCCAAGAAACUCUCAUCAUAUCCGCUCGAACAGCUGGCCCUCAAAGCCACACCCGUUCAUCGAUCAAGUCGAUGAACGUUUAUGCAGAUUGAAGGAGGCCUCAGAAGCCACAUCAUCAUCUUCAUCUGAACUGUGCCAUAAACUAAAUGGCCUUCAGGAUUUACAUGAUUGCAUCGAUAGGUUGCUUCUGUUGCCCCUCACCCAACAAGCUAUUGCACAAGAGAGUGAUAAGAAAUGGUUUGAUGAUUUACUCGAAGGAUCGGUCAGACUCUUGGACUUGUGUGACAUAGCUAAGGAUGCAUUGUUGCAGACAAAAGAAUGUGUCCAUGAACUAGAGUCGGUUUUGCGCAGAAGAAGGGGAGGUGAACUGUUCAUAGCAAGUGAGCUGCAGAAAUGCUUAAGUUCUAGGAAGUUGAUAAAGAAGACCAUCUACAAAGCCUUGAAGAAUAUUGAAAGCAAAAGUUGUGAGAAAAGUCAAGCCACUCCGGCCAUUGUUAGCUUAUUGAAACAGGUUGAAGCAGUCAGUUAUAACGUCAUUGAAUCGUUGUUGUCCUUCAUAGCAGGACCCAAGUUGCCAUCAAAUUCGAGCCGUUGGUCUUUGGUUUCGAAGAUUGUGCAGCCAAAAAGGGUAGCCUGUGAAGUUGAAGAAGCAAGUACAAAUGAAGUGGCAAUAGUUGAUGCUACAUUAUACUCAGUUGCCAGUCAAAAAACAAAGAAAUCUGAUUUGCUUGUGCAAGUUGACAAUUUGCAGAGCUCAUUGAAGAUAUUUGGUUCAAACAUUCAAGAAGUUGAAGGUGAUCUUGAGGCUCUAUACAGGCUCCUUAUAAAAACUAGAGUCUCACUUCUCAACAUCUUCAACUACUAAGCUUGAAA